UUGACCGCAGACCCGUUCGAGAUGGCAAGAACCAAGCAGACCGCUCGCAAAUCCACCGGUGGCAAGGCCCCGCGUAAACAACUGGCGACUAAAGCUGCGCGUAAGAGCGCGCCCGCCACUGGAGGCGUGAAGAAGCCGCAUCGUUAUCGUCCUGGAACUGUCGCUCUUCGUGAGAUCCGUCGUUACCAAAAGAGCACGGAGUUGCUGAUCCGCAAACUCCCGUUCCAGCGUCUGGUUCGUGAGAUCGCCCAGGAUUUCAAGACCGAUCUUCGCUUCCAAAGCUCGGCCGUUAUGGCUUUGCAGGAAGCUAGCGAGGCUUAUCUCGUCGGAUUGUUCGAAGAUACCAAUCUUUGCGCCAUUCACGCCAAGAGGGUCACCAUCAUGCCCAAGGACAUCCAGUUGGCUCGUAGAAUUCGUGGAGAACGUGCUUGAAUUAAUUUCUUCAAAAAUCGGCCCUUUUCAGGGCCAAACAUUCUCUUACGGAGGAAUUUCUCGCGUACGCUUUAUAUCAACAUUAUUUGCAGUCGAUAAAUAACCAUUUAUAUCUUCGAA